CUACUUUUUAACGCAGAAAAAAAAGUUGUCUUAUGUCAACGCAAACAAAACUAUGUCAAAUUUGUUGUAAAUUUCGUGUAACAAAACAUACAAAAUCAGACCAAAUUUAAUGUGCAGAAACCCAUGUGCCCCUUUUAUUUUCAUUUUAAGUGAACCUGCUUCAUGAUGGCUGAAAAGUCUCCUGAUGUGCAGGCGAGUGAGCCCAGUACUCCGCAAGUGGAACAGCCGUCUGGCAACUGGUGGGACUCUUGGAUCACUUCGGCCAAGACCAAGUCAGCGGAGGUAUAUUCUAUGGUUAAGAAGGACCUGGACGAGAUAGGCUCUGCAGUGAAGAGCGAAGCUAGCCAUGUUUUCAGUACAACCUCUACAGCCCUCGGGAAAACUCUCAAGCUGGAUGAACCAGAGUCACCAGCGAAUGUGAUGAAGAAAAGUCUCAGCAGUUUUAUCGGUCAAGUGAGCACAGUCCUCAACCCUGAACCAGAUGAUGAAGAGGACACAGAAGUCAUCUUGUCUUCUGGAGACACCACUAUGCUGUCCACAUACAAGAAAGAGCUGGAAGCCCUCCAACGCGUGGACGCGACAUAUCUCGUGCCAGCUUCAAGCCCAGAGCUCGACGCGUGGCGUGCCUCCCUCGAGCUGGGUUCGGAGCUGAUCUCGCCCGGCUCGGCCGCCAAGCGCCUCGCCGCCUCCCCGCUGCUGCGCUCGAUGUAUGACAAGCUUGUGCCUGACGCCGUCUCUCAUGAAGAUUUUUGGGAGAGGUACCUGUUCCGUGUAGCGCUACUGCAGGACCGUUUGGCGGCCGCCGCGCGUAAGCUGCCGGCUACAGAUACUGAUCCCGUACUGGCACAUUUACCCCGACAACAGACCGAGCCUAUACAACAGAGCCCCAAGAAAGUACUAUCCGGUGUCGAAACCGAAGUAGAGGACGAACCAAGCGAGCAAAGCGAGCCAACCGAGCCUUUGGUACUGGCCGACACUGUGGCUUGGGAGGACGAAGACUUCGCGAAUGACGUGGAACUGACCGAAGAACAACAAACGCUACUUCUAGAAGAAUACGAGAAGGAAAUAUCCAGCAAGAAGACAAAACAGACAUCAUCCCGCGACCUGGCCAACAACAACGUCAAAAACAAGAAACACACUGGCAACACUAAAACCAGAAAUAACAAAAAUGGCGUCAAAAAAGGUAAAUCUGACGUUUGUGGUAACGAUUUGGUGGAGGACUAUUUUGGGGAAAAGGAAGUUAAGGAUGAUGCUAGCGCCAAUUCGGAUGAGAGUUGGGAGAAAUUUGACAUUGACGAAGAGAAAGUUUAAUCCGGCCAUACACUAGAAUAAAUCGUCUUAUGUGAGUUUUGCUCUGUAAGAUUACUAUACUGUAUCUUUAGGUAUUUAAAUAAAAGUAAACAAAAUCUACCCUCAAAUGGCUCUUUAAGCUAGUUGUGGGUAAAUGAAAACGUUACAUGAUCAAAUAAUGUAGGUUAAAGUCAGGUUCAGUGACUGAUCCAGGCGGUUUUGUAUUUGGUCGGUUAACCAAUAAAUGUUAUAACUACCCGAAAAUGUACAAA